AUGACCACUCAUUGGACUGUAUUUGCAAUCAAUCGGACGAUCGGUGCGAUUGUCACCACAAGUGGACACAAGAAGUAUGUCUUCAUCGGAGCAGUCGAUGCAAGUGAUGGUCGAACUGAGCGGAGGGACGGAACUGCUGUUUGGGAACACCAGACAAUUNAACUGAGCGGAGGGACGGAACUGCUGUUUGGGAACACCAGACAAUUGGUGGUCAGUCUGGACACGAGUGACCACAAGACAUGCGAUUUAAAGCAAUUGAUUGAUUGCCUGAAGACUAAUCACCUGAAGGAGAGACCGGAACUGUUUGUGAGCGGAGACACCGUUAGGCCCGGGAUUCUGGUGCUCAUCAACGAAGUGGAUUGGGAUCUGUUGGGACAACACCACUAUGUCCUCCAACCCAAUGAUCGGGUGCUCUUCAUAUCGACUCUUCACGGCGGAUGA